CGCCCGCCGCCAAAGCUUCUUUUUUCCUUUGCAGGCGGACAACACGGACCCCAUGCCAAGCUUCCUGUGAUCCACCAACAGACAUUAUUGGACACAGCUCCCAAAACUCAGUCCCGGUUCAGCUCAGCUCAGCCCAGCAGUGAGUCAUAUCAUUCGAAGUAUUUCUUAUUCCGGUCGCACACUACUGUUAUCCUAAGCAUGUCGACCGCCGACGAACAAAGGCUCAACGGGCAUCCACAUGCCCCUGCCGACCCGUCCAACGCCCCCGCAGCUUCCACCGCGACGGCCGCAACGUCGGAGGCGCCUCCGACCGACCUCGGCGCUGCGCAACCCGCGACAUCUUCUGAACCGAUUGAGAACGUCAAUGGUCACACGGCUAAUGGCACCGCAGCUGAUGGUCCCUCGACAAACGGACAACCGCCCAAUGGCGCAAGCCAUGUGCCGCCCCCCAAUGGACAUGCCAACGAUGCGCCGGAUCUGAACGGGCACUCGUCGCCCAACGGCACCGCCGCCGCCGACGAUCAAAUCAAUGAUGGCACUGCACCAUCAACAAACGGUGGGCCGUCAACCAAGGGGGAUGAGCCCGAGCAUGGAGAGGGAGCCCUCGAGAACAAGAUUGAGGGCGUACAGAACCCGGAAGCUAACGGUCACAAGCCGCCUGACGAGAAGUCCCAUCACCACUCUAGUGAUCUCAAGGGACUCUACUCCGAAGGGAAAGAAAAAGUCAAGGACAAGACCAAGCCUUCCGGAGGCUUCGACCCGACGCCUCUACCCGAUGCGCCUCCGGGCUACACCGUGAGGUUCAUCUUCCACAAGGCGACCAACCUCCCCGCGGCGGACAUUGGCACCCAGUCGUCCGACCCUUUCAUCCAUGUCACCCUUCGAGCGGCGGUACCAAAACGCCACAAGGAAGACCCUGAUCUCACCCUCCGCACCCAGACCAUCAGGAAGACGACGGAGCCCGUAUGGGAUGCCGAGUGGGUGGUGGCUAACGUCCCCGCCGACGGCUUCAUCCUCAAAUGCCGGCUCUACGAUGAGGACUGGCCCGAUCACGACGAUCGCCUCGGUAACGUCACCGUCAGGGUGCCGCACAUUGGUCCGGACUGGAAGGGCUACCCGCGCCCGGGCCAGGAGUUCACCGCCAAGAAGCGCAUGGGCAGCAAGCGAGCCUACUUUGUCAAGGCAAUCACCAGCCAUUUUGAUCCGCGAGCCGAUAUGUCGCCAAGGGUAUGGAUUAGUAUGGAGCUCUUGGGACAAUCCGACCCGCCGCAUGCGCAGAUGUGCACCAUCGGGCCUACCACGUAUUUCAAGCACUUUAGUCCGAUGAUUGGACGUCUCACCGGUAUCAAGGUGAAUAAGGAUGAGGAAAACGACGCCCGGGCCGACUUGUUUGAUGAGUCCGAAAAUAAGGAGAAGGACAACAAAACUCAGAAAUACGACUUCCAAUCCAACGAGAUGCAGCUCUCCGGGCCCGUCCCUCCCGAGUUGUACCACCGAUACGUCGAGUUCCGACCCAUGAUUGGAUUAAUGUUCGCCAAGAGCGGCCUGAGGGGCAGGAUUCUCAACAAGGCACUGCACAAGCAGCACAGCAGGGUAUACAACUUUGACAGCUCGACCGAGUACGGUGUCUUCAAGGCCCGCUCGGAGGAGGCCGCUCUCCAAUUCCUCAAGCUGGUGCACUUUGACCAGGGCGGCCGCAUCUUCACCUAUGUCCUGACGCUGGACGGCAUGUUCCGCUUCACCGAGACCGGAAAGGAGUUCAGCAUCGACAUGCUGAGCAAGCACACCAUGCACAGCGACGUCGAGACCUACAUCGCCUGCUCGGGCGAGUUCUUUAUCCGGCGGCUCGAGAAUCCGGACGCGUCAGAGGAACCGGAUCCUCCAGAGAGGACGCACCCGACGGAAGAGCUGCCCAACGGCCCGCCCAACGACCACCCGCCGCACAACCCGUCCUACUAUCAGCUCUACAUCGACAACGAUUCGGGCACCUAUCGGCCGGACAAGUCGAUCCUGCCCAAGCUCAAAGAGUUCCUCGAGGCUAACUUCCCCGGGCUCGGCAUCGUCGUGAUGCACUGCGAGGACGAGAAGCUGCAGAAGCUUAAGAAGGAGCAGGUGGAGGCCAAGAAGAAGGAGGGCAAGAUGAUCAACAUGGUGGCGCGGAGCCCCAGCUCGAGCUCCCUGAGCUCCAACGAGAGCGCACUCGAGCACAUGGACGAAGCUGGGUACGACGGCCCGCCCGUAAAGAGCACGACGCAGAAGGCGUUGGAUGCGUUGGAGGACCCGAGCAGUCUGAAGGAGAUGUUGAAGCCGGGGCACCACGGUGGGGGCGAGAGUUCGACGGCGCAUUAG